AUGAACCCUUUCUAUGCAUAUUACUUGGAAAACAAAGGUGACAUAACAGAGGACAAAAGAAAGAAAACUUCGGAGAGCGUCGACUGUGAUUCCCUUUUUGUGUCUCCACCUGACUUUCAGAGCUCUCCUCCGGAUCUUCCCUCUGAAAAUAGGACUGAGGAAAAUGGAGGCAUGUUUUCUAAACCCAAGAACAACCUGUUCAAAAGCCAAAAUGACAACAAUGGCCAAGACCUCUUCCACAGAUCAGCACCAAGUCAUAAUGCAACUGUUAAUGGUUUUCAUGAUGUGACCCUGAACUCUCCAAACUUAUUUAAAGCAACUCCGGCUCAGGCGCAGAACCUCUCUAAGAGUUUUCCGUCCAGAAGCUCUGACCUCUUUAAAGGCGAAGAGGACGAUCUUUUCCAGGCUGAUAAAAAGGAAGAUUUAUUCGAAACUGCAUGGGCUAAGAAGGCAGACCCUUUUGAUAAACCUGCCAGUACAUUUGUAGACCCAUUCACAUCUCCUUUAAAUAAGGAGGAUGAUUUGUUCCAGACUCCAAAAUCUACUGUGGCAAAUCCAUUUUAUACUGCCACUGAGAAGGCGGAUGAUCUGUUUCAGUUACCACAGCCAUUUUACACGGCCCCAACCAAAGAAACUGAUUUAUUUCAGGCAGAUUCAACAAAGAAAGACAAACAAGAUUCUAAAGAGAAGGAACUUGUUGGCUUGUCUUUUAAAGAAAAUUUGAGUGCGUUUUCCACUUCAUCGACGAAUUCAGUUGAUCCAUUCGCAAGCCCGAUCGCAAAGGAUUUAUUCCAAGAUGUCUCCAGUUUGGAUGACCCAUUUGGUUCCACUCCCUUUACAAAAUAUGACCCUUUCCAGGAUGUUUUUAGUGGGACCCCAGACAUUUUUCAGCGACUUCCAUCACAGAGAAGGGCCUCCAAAAAUAUUGCCUCAGAUUCUUCAUACUCUUCUCUUAACAGUCCUUCAGAAUUGAAAUUGGAUGUGCCAGACGCAUCAUCUUCACAUGUAUUUAAAAAAUCAAAAGCUCCGCCACCAGUUCCACCAAAGCCUUUCCAAAAGCCACAAGAGAUUACCUUGACAACUCCUCGGGGAACCAAGCAUGACAUUCUUCAGCCGACCCCCAUCAUUCAGGCCGGGGAUCUGUCUGACUCACCCGGCCAAUCUCCAAGUAGAAUGAGCAACAUGCAGUCUUUUAAACGUCCGCCGAAGCCGCUUCCUCGAACUCGACAUCGAAGGCCAGAACGGCCACCACAGCCAGAAAAGCCACUAAAACCAGAAAUGGCACCACAGUUGGAAUCCCCUAGUGAACCUGAACCAAGCGUACCGAAGGUCUCUCCCAAACCAUCUUUCAAAAAUCUAAAACCGAUUACUCGCCGUAAACAAAAAACUCCGGAAAUUAAACCAGUGGAGCCUGAGAACUAUGUUGUCUUUGAAGACAUCCUGUUUAUUGGGCAGGAAAGGUGUGUGGAAGACUGGCCUGAUGACAGUCCUCAGCUAGACCCAAACUUCAAACCUUCAGGAACACUGAGACUGCGAAGGGAGUCGCUGAAGGCAAUGGCCGAUUCUGAUGGAGGAAGUAGUGAAGAUGGGAGUCACAGCAAGAGCAAGAAAAAGAACAAGGCAUUCAGAAUGUCCCACUUGUCCAGGAGAGGGUCAAAGAGCAAGUCUCCUGAUGACAUAAAUAAUGGGAAGAGCAACACACUCACGAGUAAAUCGUCCAAGGAACAGUUUUCAGAGCUGCACAUGUCUGCAGAAGAGCUUGAAGAUAACAAGGAGAUGGACUACAAAAAGAAAAUUGUGAAGCCAAAGGUUGGUCACCUGUUUAGGAGACCAUCUGCCAAUUCCCCUGUGCAGGAGGAAAAGGACUUGAAUGGACAUUCACCUUAUGCAUCAAAGACCAGCUGGUGUGCAGAGGAGCUAGAAAGUGAAGAGCUAAAUGAAAUGGAGGACUGCAAACCGAAAAAAUCGAAACCUAAACCUCCCCUUCCUGUGCCACGAAAAGCUAAGACUGCCAAUGGACAGAGUGAACUAAUCGGAUUCAGCUACCACACACCCCAGCAUGCAUCAAGUAAUGUGUUUGCUGAGGACUACACGACAGACAGAGAUUUCACGAGUCCCGGAGAGAUGUAUGAUGAAGAUAAACAGGAUGAAGUGGACUUCUACAAACCGAAAAAGACCUCAAAACUUCAAAAGUCGCCCAAAAAAGUCCCCAAAAAACUGAAACAUAAGAACAAAGCCACACAUGCAGAGAGUGAAGAUCCACCAGGAGCUAGCGACUACCUAUCAGAGGCUGCAAGGGCAGAGUGGCGGGCUGCUCAGAUGGAUGAGCAGGCUUUGGUAGAUAAUGAGAAUGAAGAUGAGGAUGGGGACACUGAUAGUUUGAUGGAGUGGUGGAACACAGUGGAGCAAUGGGACGAGGUGGCAUCAGACGAUGAGGAGAUAGUCAUGAAAGAUGACUCAAAGUCGUUCACCAUAUUGGCUGACAAGGUUCAUGGAGGCCUGCGUGUAUUCAACAAGGUCUUCACAGAGCGAGCCGAGGUCCUUUGGCAGGACAUCAUCAAGCUCCACGCCAUUGCUGACAACAUCAACGAGUUCCACCAGAAAGCCAAGAUUGCUGGCAUCACUGGUGGCACCACCACAGCUGUGGGCGGUGUGACAGCUAUUGCUGGUUUAGCUCUGGCACCCUUCACUUUUGGCGUCUCUCUGAUAAUUACAGCUGUAGGUGUGGGUGUGGCGACAGCUGGAGGAAUAACUUCGGCCUCUGCAGCCAUCUCGGACAAUGUUAACAACAUGCAGGACCAGAAGAAGGUUGAGAUAGUGCUGCAAGAGUAUGAGACUCAUCUGCUGGACAUCAACAAAAUCCUCCACUUUGUCAAUGAGGGCUUGUACAAACUGCGAGGCCAUCCGUUUCUCAGGUCUGGCACCCAGCAUUACUCAGAGGACUGGGAGAUCCGCAGGGCUGUCCAAAUAAUAAGCUUGGUCGACUCCCCCGUGAUGCGAGCGACGGAAAUAACUGACGGAGCGGUGGCCUCAGUGCAAGGACUCUUUGAAGUUGUAAUCGAGGACACCCUCUCCCCUCACAUGCCACGUGAGGAGUAA